AUGACUCUCCGAUUUCAAUCGACAAGGAGUUUCUUGCUCUUCGUUGUUGCUAUCUUAAUAGUCGCUCUGACCGCAUUGUCACGAUCCUCGCAAUGCCUAUUCAACCAGCCUAUUUCCCAGCUUUGGCGAUCUCAUCUCUUCACCAGCCAAGCAUUCCGUGACGUUUUCCCACUUUCAAAAUUGGAGACUAUCUUGCUCUCUGAGCCCAAUGCGUCCCACGCCGCGGAAUGGAGCUACUACUACACCUCUCAAAGCCACUUUCCCGGCGAGGGCAAAGAACAAACCCUCUGGACCAAGAGGAAAUGGGAAGAGUUUGGCAUACCAGAGACGGAGAUCUUUAAAUACAAUGCUUCGAUAAGCGCACCGGUCUUUCAACGAUUGGCGUUGAUAGACACUUCAGAGAUCCCGUCCCCCUCUGUGAUAUACGAAGCCAAGUUGAUGGAAGAGCUGCCAUUCAAUGAUCCAUCUGAGAUCCGGACUCCCGCUUUUCAUGGGCAAUCUUCUAGUGGCAAUGUGACGGCACAGUUCGUAUAUGCUAAUUUUGGUCGUGAGCAAGAUUACGACGACUUGGAGCAAAGUCACGUCAAUGUAAAAGGGAAGAUUGCCAUCGUUAAAUACGGUAUGAUCUAUCGUGGGGAGAAAAUGACCACCGCGGCAAAGAGAGGCCUCUACAACGUCAGUGUCGGUAACCCCAGUGUGCCAGGGCAGUCUAUUCCCUCGCUUCCGGUCUCCUAUAGCGACAUACUACCACUACUCAAAGUACUCCAUGGACAUGGCCCGAAAGCUGCUGACAUGAAGAGUGAUUGGCAUGGGGGUGGCCUGUACUACAGAGGAAUAGAGUAUUUUGUCGGCCCAUCGCCAUCCCAUAUCGUCUUGAAUCUGAACAACCAGAUGAGCUUUCCGACCAAGGUCGUGCACCAAGCAUUUGGCAUUAUGAAAGGUUCCAUUGAGGAUGAAGUCAUCAUUCUAGGAAAUCACCGUGACUCGUGGGGACCCGGUGCCGGCGACUCUGUCAGUGGUGCUGCAGCAUUGAUGGAAGUCGUCCGAGGCUUUGCAACAGCAUACAGAAAUGGAUGGCGGCCUCGGCGGACUAUCGUCUUUGUGAGUUGGGAAGGCGCAGAAACAGGACAGGUUGGGUCUGAGCCUUGGAUAACCUCUCAUCUCCCCUGGCUCCAGAAGACUACCGUGGCAUAUCUAAACGUGGUCGUUGCAGCAGCAGACCGCCAGUUUCAAGUCAAAGCAACCCCACUUCUGCAACAAGUUAUCCACAGAGCCACAAAAGCAGUCACUUCCCCCGAAGGUGGAACAGUCUUUGAUCACUGGGGCGGAAAGAUGGUUGCGGCAGGAGGAGGAGAUGCCAUCCCAUUCCUCGAGACUGCUUGUGUGUCAACCUCUGAUCUCAGCUUCGGGGCUACUUAUUGGCCCUACCACUCUAACUUUAAUACCUUCACUUGGAUGAAUACCACUGGAGAUCCAGGAUGGAAGUACCACGUCACAACUGCAAAGAUCUGGUCUCUGCUAGCAGUAUACUUGUCUGAAAGUCCUGUCCUGCAAAUCAAGGCGGCGGACUACUCUGUCGCGAUGCAAUACGCUGUAUCAUUUGAUCUUGUGCCCUUGGAGGAUGCUAUUGCAGAAUUUCACAAUGCAAGCAUGAUUUUGGAUGCUUAUGCGUCCUCCCUCGGAUCAACAGAGACCGAUAUAUCAAUUCGGGACGUGAAUCAAAAGUACUUACAACUUGAACGCCAAUUUUGCUAUAAGGGCGCGCACCUAGUCUAUGAAUUUUCCGCUUUCUAUUCAGAUCCGCCGGAGUUCCCUCGCCUCUUCCACAGUCUUGAGUCUGGAGACUUGAACGAAGCUCAGGAGUGGAUGGAUAUCAUCCGCGCCAGAAUCAGAGAUGCCGCCCGACUCUUGAAGUUAUGA